AUGUCUUCUUCAAGCUCCCGCGCCACGUCGCGGAUGCAGAGCCCGACACGCGUGGAGAUGCCUAUCUUCGUCUGUCCAUGGUGCCGGGCGGCCGUUGAUAGGAGGGUUUCUCACACACCGAGGAACCAAAAUCGUCCGUUCUACGUGUGCAACGAGAAUGGGGUGAAACGUUUCUUCCUUUGGGUUGAUGCUCUGGCCAAGACUCUGAUGAAUGAACUGCAAGAAGAGCAUGAAGAAUGGUUGCGCAUGCUGCCACAAAAGGCAGUGGCCGCAGCACGAGCUCCGGAAGAAGAGAUAGAGGGCAAAGCACGCACUAACAGAGAGCUAGCUAUUGCUGUUGACCUUAGGAUGUUGAAGAAGAAGAUUAGGAAGCUUGAAGAUCAAGCACAAAUACCCAUUUGCAAUUAUUUUUGGGCAUUUGUAGCAAUGUUAAUCACACUGGGUGUAAUGUUGAAAUUGUAUGGAAAGACAUGA